AUGAUUGGAUCUUUGAUAACUAGGGUACUUGUGCUCAUAUUUGGCUAUGUGUAUCCAGCAUAUGAAUGCUUUAAAACUGUGGAAAUGAAUAAGCCCGACAUUGACCAGCUUCGUUUUUGGUGUCAGUAUUGGAUCUUGGUGGCCGGGCUGACAGUUUGCGAACGGGUUGGUGAUACAUUCAUUGGCUGGGUUCCAAUGUACGGUGAAGCUAAAUUGGCCUUCUUUAUAUACUUGUGGUUUCCUAAAACUAAGGGAACAACAUAUGUUUAUGACUCCUUCUUUAGACCCUAUGUGGCGAAGCAUGAAACAGAAAUUGACCGUAGUUUGUUAGAACUGAGAACAAGAGCUGGAGAUAUGUUGGUCUUGUACUGGCAGAGGGCUGCCAGCUAUGGUCAGACUAGAAUUUUCGAAAUUUUGCAGUAUAUUGCUUCACAGUCACAGUCAACUCUUCCUCGACCAACUCAGCAGCAAGGCACGAAUCGUGUCCAGAAAAAAUCCAAUUUGCCCCCUAACCCCAAGCCUGCCGCCACAACUCCACCACCGGACGAAGCCCAAUCCUCUUCUCCUUCCUCAGACUCAACAUCCUCGAGUGAACAGCAAGACGACACGUCAGACGAGGCAGAUUCAAAAGUAGCAGCCAGCGCCACGUCAUCAUCGCCCUUGAACAAACUGAAAAUGACGGCCUCACAGUCGCUCGUGGAGCGCACCAAGUCCUUGGAUUCUGAAAUAGAAGGGCAAGCAAUGCAAAUAGAUUCACUGCCCGAUAAAAACACGGCUAUAACCGCACUGGAGUCUAGCUUGGGGGAGGGUGUGAGGGUGACACGAGCGAGGGCUCGGAGGACGAUGGCCAGUGGUUCUGUUAGCUGA